UGUUACGUCAUAGAGCGGAGCGCGCGGCCGGAAUUCGGAAAUCCCGCAGCGCUCCAAGGUCCUCGCCAGAUUGCCUGGUCCUAGCCCGUCUGCGUCCCUAGGGACCGCUCAGGAGGGCAUCCGAAUAGCAGGUGGGCUCAGCCUUUUGUCGCUGCCAGUGGUGUCUGGAGGGGUUUGGGAUCAGCACACAGGUCCUGGCUCCCCAGGAGAAAGAGUGAUCAAGUGAAGGAAUGAGGGAAGAAAGAGGAGAUUCUUGGAGUUGGAUAUCAUCAUUUCUGAGGACAUCUUUAACUGGACACCAAGAUUUCUGUCUCUAAGAAUUACAUGGCAGAUGCAGAUGCAGAAGAAACAAAAGACAGAAGCCAUGUUACUCACUAUUUCCUGAGCAUAGAAGAAGAUGAUCAAGGUCCAGGAAUUGCUGACACUGGAGGAUGUGGCUGUGGAGUUUAACUGGGAGGAGUGGCAGCUCCUGGAUGCUGCCCAGAAAGACCUAUACCGGGAUGUGAUGUUGGAGAACUUUAACAAUUUGGUGUCACUGGGGUAUCAAGCUACCAAACCAGAAUCACUCUCCAAGUUGGAACAUGGAAAAGAACCAUGUAUAAUAGAAAACAAAAUCCAGAAUAGAACCCAUCCAGGAAUCAGGAAAGUUGACAGUCAUCUGCCAGAGCACUCUCAAGACCAAAGAUUUCCAAAGAGCCUGCAACAAUACAGUGAACAGAAUGCAUUUAGAAAGAGUGUUCAUCUGAGCAAAACUCGUUUAGCCCUAACACAAAAUCAUACCUUUGACUUAUGUAAAAAAGCUUGGAAAUCAAGCUUAUGUUUAGUUAACCAGAAGAGAAGAUAUGAAAUAAAGAACCCUGUGGAGUUUAAUGGAGAUAAGAAAUUCUUUCUACAUGGUGAUCGUGAACAGUUGUAUUCUGGAAUUGAAUUUCCUGAAAGUAUAAAACACAUCAUUGCUAAGUUCCAAGUCCUUAAGCAUCAGAGGACUCACAAAAUAGAGAAAUCCCAGGCCUGCAUUGGAAGUGAGAAAACAUGCAUCAGGAAAUCUCAGCUUAUUUCUCAGGAGAGCAUUCAUAUAGGAGACAAACUCCAUCAGUGUGAUCUGUGUGAGAAAUCCUUCUCCAGAAAUGUCAUGUUCACUAAACAUCAGAAACCUCAAACACGAGACAAACCCCAUUUAACCAGUGGAUGCAGAAAAGUCUCUACUGUGAAGAGCAGUCCCACUGUACAUCAGCAAACCCAAACAGGAGAGAAAUCCUAUAUGUGCAGUGAGUGUGGAAAAGGCUUCACAGUGAGGCGCUAUCUGAUUGCACAUCAGCGAACUCACAGUGGAGAGAAACCUUAUGUGUGCAGUGAAUGUGGAAAAGGCUUCACUGUGAAGAGCAAUCUCAUUGUGCAUCAGCGCACUCACACAGGGGAGAAACCCUAUGUAUGCAGUGAGUGUGCGAAAGGCUUCACCAUGAAGCGCUAUCUUGUUGUACACCAGCGAACUCAUACUGGAGAGAAACCAUAUUUGUGCAGUGAAUGUGGGAAAGGCUUCACCGUGAAGAGUAAUCUCAUCGUACAUCAGCGAUCUCAUACAGGGGAGAAAUCUUACAUAUGCAGUGAAUGUGGGAAAGGCUUCACUGUGAAACGCACUCUCAUUAUACAUCAGCGAACUCACACGGGAGAGAAAUCUUACCUAUGUAAUGAAUGCGGGAAAGGCUUCACCACAAAGCGCACUCUUGUUAUACAUCAGCGAACUCACACGGGAGAGAAACCCUAUGAAUGCAAUGAGUGUGGUAAAGCCUUCAGCCAGAAGAUAUGCCUCAUACAACAUGAGAGGUGUCAUACAGGAAAGACGCCCUUUGUAUGUACUGAGUGUGGAAAAUCCUAUUCCCACAAGUAUGGUCUCAUUACCCAUCAGAGAAUUCACACAGGAGAGAAACCCUAUGAGUGCAGUGAAUGUGGAAAAGCCUUCACCACGAAGUCAGUACUCAAUGUACAUCAAAGAACUCACACAGGAGAAAGACCAUAUGGAUGCAGUGAUUGUGAGAAAGCCUUCUCCCACUUGUCAAACCUUGUUAAACAUAAGAAAAUGCACAUAAGAGAAAUAGUAGAUUCGGUCAAGUUGGAAAUUCCUUUAACAGAGAGUCACAGCUCAUUACUUACGAUUGAACAAGAGCCCCAUUAAUGCAGUGAUUGGGGAAAUGCCUUCUGUGGCAGCUAAGACUUUGUUUAAACACCAGUGUUUCUAGCAGAGCAGAACAGUACUGCCUGUUAUCAGAUGUGUGCCCUGAGGAGAUGAAAGGAUUUGCGCAGGAGAUAAACCUGGUGAAUAUAGUGAAUGUGGUAGUGCCUUUAGUGAUCCUUACCUCACAUUUUCUGUCAAUGAAAACAUGUUGGAAAAACUCUGAUACAUUCAGUGCAGAGAUGCCUUGGGCAAAACUUUCUGACUUCAUUAUAUGUCUGAAAAGUAUAUACUCUAUAUUCUCCGACAAAUUCUGUGAAUGCAGAGACUAGGAAAGUCUUCAGUGGGAAGACAGACUUUCUUAUCAGGGAUCUUCAUUGAUCAUCAGUGAGUUCAUUGUUCAUAGAAAUAUGAUUUUAAAAAAAAAAAAAGGAGAUAUGAUGACCACGGGAAUGUCUUUCCCCCAGAAAGAAGACCUCAAUGAGUGUCAGAGUUCACACUGGAGAAAAACUUUUAAGAGGAUAGUAUAUAUGGCAGGAUUUCAGUGAUACAUUCUGCCUCAUCAUUUGUCAGGAAAUCAUAUAGAAAUUAAAACCUUUAUGAACAUGCUAAAGAUAGAGCAUCUUUAGUUAAAUAUCAGAGGACUUAAAAAGGAAUGAAGUUCUGUGAAAAUGAUAAAUGUUUGAGUGCUUUUUGUUACAAAUCUAACCUCAUCAUAUAUCAGAUAAUGCACCUGACUAUCCUUUCUGGCCUUGUCAGUAAUUCCAUAGUUUUAAAAAGAAGUCUGCUUUUCUCAUCACUGAUUUUUAUUGUUAUAUACGAUGCAAGAGUGUUCUAUGCCUACCCUCAUAUGUGAUUAGCUCUUACUUUUCUUCAGCUAUAAACAUAAUUGUAAAUUUAGCAUACUGAACUUCUUUGAAAGGAAACUGAAUAUGACCAUGUACUUGCACUUGCUUAGCUAAGUUUAUAAAUAUGACCAAAUAGUUUACAAAACCAUCUUCAAAGUUAUUUUUAUAAAAUUUAUGAUUUGAAAUCAUUUUAACUUAUAAGAAAAUGCAAAAGUAGUCCAGAGAAUUCCCUAGUAUCCUUUCUGCAACUUCUUCCAGUAAAAACAUUUUAUAUAACCAUAUUUUAUUAUUGAACCCAGAAAAAUGACAUUGGUAGUAUACUGUUAACUCCUAACCUUUGGAGUUUAGAUUUCACUAGAUUUUACAUGAAUUUUUUAAUCAUUUUUUUGUAAUUCUAAGGUGCUUUAUUACAUAUAUAGAUUUCAUUGUAACCGUCAUCCCCAGGACGUACAACUGUUUUAUCAACACAGACACCCUCAUGGUACCUUUUUAUGCUCACAUCCUCUAUCCAAACCUACCUCUGGCAACAACUUGUCUGUUUUCCAUCAAUAUAAUUUUGUCAUUUAUGAAUGUUAUCAAAAUAAUUUUUAUAACUGGAUUUUAUAUAAAUAAGUUAUAUUUAUUUAUACAAAUUUACAAUUUCUUAUUAAUGAGGAACAUGUAAGCUUUUUGGUUUUUUUUUUUGUCCCUCAGCAAAUUGCCAUUAAGACUUAUUUGAGUUGUAUUGUUUUAUUUUUAUUAGUGAGUAGUAUACAUACUGGAUGUAUUAGUUUAUCAAUUCACUCUUCAGAGAAGUUUGUUUUGUUUCCUGGUUUCAACUGUUAUAGGGAAAGAUGCUGUAAAUUGGCAUCUGGGGUUUUGUGUGAACAUAAAUUUUCAUUCCUCUAUAAUAAAUAUUCAGGUGUGUGCUUAUUAGGACAUAUGGUAAGUUGUGUUUAGCUUUAAAAGGAACUACCAAACUCUCUUCCAGAGUGGCUAUACCAUUCGACAUUCUCACCAGCAGUGUAUGAAAUCCACUUGUUCCACAUCCUCUCCAGCACUUGGUAUUUUCAGUAUGUUUUAUUUUAGCCACUCUACUAGCAAUAGAUGAAAGAUUCAAUUGCUCUUCAUCCUCGUCAGCACUUGGUAUUGUCCUAUCUUACAUUACUCAUUCUAUUAGGUUUGUGGUCGUAUCUGAUCUUGAGCUUAACCUGCAUUUCCCUCAUGGAUAACAACCCUGUUAUUGUCAUUAUCAUCAUCAUUUUUGGACUUACUUAUAACUGGAAAUUUGUACCUUUUGACCACCUUCACAAUUUCCACCGUCCCACCCCCUUCCAGCCUCUGGCAACCACAAUCUGUUCUUUAUUAUCUACAAGUUUGGGGGGUUCUGGAUUCUACAAAUGAGAGAGAUCAUACAAUAUUCGUCUUUCUUGGCCUGAUGUAUUUCACUUAUCAAAAUGCCCUCAAUGUCACAAAUGGCAAGAUUUCCUUCUUUUUAUGGUUGGAUAAUAUUCCAUUGCAUAAAUACCACGUUUUCUUUAUCCAUUCAUCUGUCAAUAGACAUUUAGGCUUUCCAUGUCAUGGCUAUUGUAAAUAGUGCUGCUGUGAACAUUUGGGAUGCACGUUAUCUUUUAAAAUUAGAGUUUUCAAAAAAAAUUAGAGUUUUCUUUUUUUUCUGGAUAUAUAUACCCAGGAGUAGACUUGCUGAAUCAUAUGGUACUUCUAUUUUUAAUUUUUUGAGGAACCUGUAUACUGUUUUUCAUAGUAGCUGUACCAAUAACAAUCUUCACUCUUUUUAUGUCUCCAUAGUGUUUAUGAAGAGACAUCCCAUGAUUUAUUUAACCCAUCACCUACUAAUGUACAGUCAUAUUGGUAUUAGUUACCUUUGACUGCAUUACAAACCUACCUCUCUAAAACUUAAUGUCUAAAGACAACCAACAUUAAUUAUAAUAAAUAUUAAUUGUUAUGUGGGUUGACGGUUGGAAUGUCUGGUGUGUGCUGUCCUGACUGGGGGCUACAUGAUCUAGGUGGCUUUUUUGAUGUAUCUGAGCCUCCCCUGGAAUGGUUGAGGCCACUUUUCACAUAGUCUCUCAUCCCAAGGCUAACCUGGGCUGUAUUACAAUGUGUCAGAAGAGCUCCAAGAGACAAACAGAACAUGCCUCAGUGGGCAAGUCUAUUUCUAUCCUCAGUGUCAAGCUUGCUAUUAUCCCAUUGGACACAUUGGUCACAGUUACUGUGCAGGAGCACUAUCCAGAAGUGUGAAUGCAAGAUGCAAUAAUAAGUUUUUGUAACAAUCACAAGAUUAUUUAUUUCCUUAAAAUUGUCAAAAUUGAUGCCAUGAAUAUCCUUGUACAUGUUUGUUCUCACAAAAAUAAUUUCUACUGAAUUUCAAUUCUUAAAAUUGAUUGGUGGCUCUAAGACAAAAGUUUAAAUUGGGUAAUUGCAAAUUGUACUCCAAAAACAUUUUAUUAAUUUUUAUACUCUAGACUCAAUCCUGCCCCCCUAAAAACAUACCAAACGUCUAGCACCUAAAAUUUAUUGGUGUGCAUUUUUUGAACUAGAACUAUGACAAGAUUGAUAAUAACAUCAAUUCAUUCAAAGCUGUAUGUGGUGGACACCUCUUAUCUACUGUACAGAUGAGAGAUGAAAUCCAAUAGAAUGAAUAUUAUUCAUCAUUCACUCUUCAUGAAUUUGAAUAUUAGUAAGACUGGCAUUAUAAAAAUUAAGUAUUGUGAUUUUUAAAAAUAAGUGGCCAGUAUAUUAUUUAGCUAUUAAAAUUUUUAGGUUGGCCUGGACUUCCCCAGGCCAGUGGCGCAGUGGUUAAGAAUCCUCCUGCCAAUGCAGGGAACAUGGGUUCAAGCCCUGGUCCUGGAAGAUCCCACAUGCCGCAGAGCAGAUAAGCCCAUGUGCCACAGCUACUGAGCCUGUGCUCUAGAGCCCGCCAGCCACAGCUACCAAGCCCACGCGCGGCAACUACUGAAGUCCGCACGCCUAGAGCCUGUGAUUCGCAACAAGAGGAGCCACUGCAAUGAGAAG